GUACGGCAACCGAACGCCUUUCAGUUCAGUCAGCUGUUGGCAUCUGUGGAGUGAGAAUCUCAGCAUGUGAAGAUCGGGAAAAUUUACUCUGGUUUUUUUUUCUUUUCCGCGCCUCCUCCGACGCCUCGGGAGGGGAUUUGCUAUGAGACAAUGGCAGCUCUGAAGGGAGGAGUCAAAGACCGAAUCAUCCACGAGAUCGGCAGGGCCAUUAAACAGGCACAGAUAGAAUGGUGUGGAGUUGGGUGUGUCCGGGCCUGCACAGGAAGAUGGCUGGUGUUGAGCCUCGAUGCUGCCCUUCUACACGGGCUACACUCCCUUAACAGAGGAUACUGGGCAGCAGUGUCCUCCCUUCUUGAUAAGCCAUCACUGUCUAUGCUCAACAACCUCCCAUAUGCAACAAAACCCAUAGCCAAAGGGCGUUCGUGGCUGUGUUUAUGUUUAAGUGAAGGCCAGUUGGAGGGAUACCUCCAUGCCCUUACAAGUCACAAGGGGCUGCUAGAUACGUACUAUGGCCCGCAUGCCCUCUUGAGAGACCCUCACCGAACACAUAUCCUUCUCAUGUUAGUGGCUGGGCUGGAGCACUUGAAAAUGGCAAUACCUAUGGACAUCCCAGGUUGGAUUCAGUCAGGGGGAAGUUUCGGUAGCUCGUCCAGUACCAGCAUGAACUCUAUGAAUGUCUCCAUGACAAGCAUGGAUUCCUCUCUCCCUUCUCCCUCUCAGCACGAGCCUUUCGACGUUGAUCUUUCUUGCUCUGAGGCUCUCGAAAAAGAAAGCCCCCCUGGGCAUUCCAUUGAAGGAGAACUACCAGUCUCACACUCCAAGUGUGAAGACAUAGACACGCUGAUAGAAAUAGAACACAUCUCAAAGAGUUCUAGAAGAAAGAGACAGAGUAGAUCCUCAUCUCAGAGUUCAUCAAGGGUGUCUUCAGGGGGAACUACACCAACGGAACAUGGACCAAGCGUCAAGACAAAUUCAUUUCGGGUGUCCAAAGAUAACCAACAGAGCCAAAGAACAGUGAGUGAAACUUUGGAAAACAUUCCUUUAGACUGCAGAACAGACGUGACCCAGAAUGGGGAAGUUUCCAAGUCAGGCUGUGAUAAUUUUGAUAAAAAUGUGAAUAAAUCCCAAAAGACGAUAGAAGAAAAUCUUAAAUUUAAGGAAAAACUUUUGAAAGAGGUCCAUAAAGAAGCAGAAAAAUAUGGAAACCUCAAAGGUAAGACAGGAAGUUCCUCUAAUCUGAAUAAAAGUAAUUUGGUAGAGAAGACUGACGAAGGCAACGUUCACAAAGAAACUGAUGGUGUUGUCAGACGUACUAAUUUACCAAGUGCCAAGAAUAUUGACAAGAGAGUUUCAUUUACUGAAACUACUGAAACUGGUCCUCCACAGAAGUCUAUGCACAAUCGUUUAAGUCUCUGUGGGGAUCUGAGACAAGGGGCAGAAAUCCGAGAUUUAAGCGAUUUAAGAGACCUCUUAUCGAACCUAAAGAGUCAGGGACUGCUACCUUCUACUCUUGCUUUAGAAGAACUUUUCACUACCCUUGACCAGGCAAGUCCAGCAUUGAGUGAAAGAGCACCGCCAGAAGGCCAAGAAGAUCCCCCUCUCCAUCAGUCCAUUAUCAGUCUAACUCCAAACAAUAAUAAUGAUACGAAUGAUGACAACAAAAAUAACAAUGACAGUGAUAGUGGUAGCAUUACAUUAGUGAGUGAUACAUCUAAUGCCACACAGGACAUUGAUGAUAAGCGAAGACUCGAUAUCAUAGGGGGAGUGAGAUGGGAAGAAUUAACAAAGAUUGGCUGUGAAAUGAUAGGAGAUGGUGGCAUUGAUGAGGAAGAGCUUCAGCGUGAGGUGUCCAUGACUGGGGCGAGGCCAAAGCAGAGACUGGGCUGUGAAUUCACUAAAUCCGAACCUGUACUUCAUAGAGUUGUAAAUAGUAUCGCUGCUACAAGUAGAUUUAGAGAAAGGCUACAAAAGAAAAAGACUAGUAUAAGUAAUGCGGAGCGGAGACGGUUGUACAAUGAGAGUUUUAGGGAAGAAAGAAAAUUGCCAAGUCUUUACAUACCAGCUGAAGUCGAUGUUUCCAAGUAUAAAGAAGAGGAAGACAGACUAAAUCUGGAAAUUGUACAAGGUCAAAGUAACAUAGUGAUGUCCGGUCAGAAUGUAGAUGUUUCAACUCAGGAGGUUAUAAAAAAUCAGUUGUUUUCUAAAGAUGAUGAAAAGUUUUAUAGGCUGUUCAGUGUGCGAGAGGGACAUAGUAGUGGCAGUAGUGUUGGGGUGCAGGUUGUUUUGUCUUCUCAAGCACUAUAUGUUGUAACUCCAAUGCCAAAGUGGACAAAACCACGACAUAUUCUCCCCUACCAUGAUAUUCAUACUAUUAUAGUUGGUUCAAAUGACCAGUGGGUUUGCAUACUCAAUAAAAAGGCUUUGCUAGAUGACUUAGCAACUACAGGUGCAAACAGUGGUGUUCAGCUUGAAAUUGGUGACCCAGAUAUCACUCAUUCUCUUAUUAGCUGCCUGGAGGUUGCUAUUAGAAGACAUUUUUCAGCACUAAAAUUGAGCAGGGAUGAGAAGCCCUUGAAACAGUCUCUUCCAGAGCUCAAACUCAUGCCACAACCCAGAAGGAAAUCUUUCCAGUUAUCAAAAGAAUGUGCUGAUAAUUUCUCAAACAGCCUCCUGGAAAAAUCACAAGUUAAUCUUUGGGCAGCAAAGAAAGAUUCGUUUGAUGUAAGCAUGGCAUCAUCUGACAUUAGCCAGCAAGAGUCCCCUGCUUUAACUCCGGGGUCUUUGAAUUUAAGUCAGGAUUCUCCUGAUGUUAGUGAGGUGUCCCUUGCAAGUGAAACAUCCAAUGAAAUGAGUGAGGCAUCAACAGAUUCUAGUCAGAAAUCUAGUGAUAUUAGCCAAGUAGACACAGAUAACAGUCAGGCUUCAACUGAUGUCAGUCAGGACUUGAGUGAAGUUAGCCAGGCAUCUUCAGUUAGUCACAUUUCUGAUGAAACUGCAUCCUCUGGCACACUGUCUUCACCUGUGGAAGUGAAUGGGAAUCCUUCUCCUGAGUUGAAUCAGGAUGGCAGUGAGACAGUUCCAGUUCAAGAGUCAGAGGAUGUAUGCCCAGUGAAACUUCACUUAGAAAAACAGUACGGAAUGCAGAGAUAUGCGGGUGGAUAUUCUCGCUGGAAUGGAACUGUACUUGACAGGAGUUUGCCAGCAGUCAUAGUCCAUCCAGCAUGGGAAUUGUCUGGCUUACGCAAGUGGUUAAGGGCACAGCUGCGUCUUCAGGAGGAACCUGAAGUAGUUGGUUGUUGGCUGGCUGAUUGGGAAGAUGGUAGCAGCUUAGGAGGUGGUGAAGCAUCUGGACCCUUAGGCCCAGCAAAUGAAGGACCUUUGAUGUUCAAGCCUCCUGGAAUACUGUCGUCUUGGAAGCCUGCUUAUUUCAUAUUAAAGGCUGGUGUAUUAUACCAGUUUCAUGAUGCCCUAGAAAGGUUACCUCAUAUGAUAAUAGAAGUUGUGCAAUGCAUUGGUUGUGUACGCAUAGCCACGAGCCAACGACCUCAUGCCUUCCAGCUACUACGGAAGAAUUCACCUCCAAUUAUGUUAGCUGCAUCAGAUGAGCAUGAGGCUUCGUUAUGGUUACAAGCUUUCCUUACAAUCAUCAAUAGUGGAGUCAGAGACGUGAGCGAACGCGGUCAAGUUUCUUGUCGUGUAGUGCUCUUGGAUUCAGGAGUACUCUUAGCACAGCAGUCUGAUAUGAUCCUGGGUGCUCCACCUAGUGUGCCUGCCAGUACUGUGGAGGAUGUCCAAUCUGACAGGAAGAAUUCAUCAUCUGCACAGACAUCUCAGCAGGUGUUAAGCUCCUCCCCAAAUACAAAUCUGCAUAGUCAGUGGGACAAAAGAGACUUACAAAAACCUUUAAACCCAACUUUAUCAAAUCUGAGAGAUCGAAAACCACUCAGUUCUUCUCUAACAAACCUUCAUCGAGUUAACAGUGCAUCAAGUAUACCUUGCAGUCCUACCAGGAGAAUUAGCACAGGAGAAAGGACUUCCACUCCAAUUGGCAAUAACUCACAGAACAGAAAAGGUAGCCUUUCCAGACUGUCUGAUAUAGGAAGUCCAGAUAUAAAAUUAGAAAUUAAAGAAAGAAAAGAGUGCUUUACAUACAAAAAAGACAAACAGCCCAAGUUGGUGAAACGUGACAGAGUGCCGCUUGUGGAAGGCUUUAAACCCAAGGGAGAACUUAAGGUUUUAACAUUUAGUGCCUUGGAGCAAAUUUCAUCAGUUUCAGUAUAUGCCGAGUGCCCUAGCACUUGCUUGGUGGAGUUCGAAUGCAGUGAAGCUGGGGAGAUUUCAGGUGAUUGGGCUCUUUACUUCAGGUCUGGGGGUCAGUUACAGAGUUUUAUCACAACUCUUGCGAGAACAUGGAGGAGCUUCUCUCAGGAAGAAUUCCCCCUACACACAGUUGAUGAUCCAGGAGUACAGCAAUUCCUUCUAGAAGGAUCACAGAUUUCCAGCACUGGAUGGUCAUCUCAUCCUUGAGAACUUUCAUGGUAAUAUGAAAUGUGGAGUUAUGAAAGCAUUAGCGACAUAAAUUAAAAUGAAUGCGAAACUUCAUAUUGAAUACUACAGAUCUGAAAAAAAAAUUUAAAAUUGGUUGGUUAGUUUUUAUAGGUACUGUAGGCUAUGGUAGAUUAGCUUAGUUAAGUAGCACAACAGGAUAGACUUGUAUCAAGAUAUGUGCAUGUUUUCAAGAGUAAUGACAUGAAAGUAAUGGUAUAAAAAGUAUUGUAAAGUAUAUAAAUACUGUAUAUGCAUAUAUGACAGGUGUAGACUGAUAGUUUUUAUGCUGUAUAGGGCCAAUGUAUGUUAUUUUGUGUUUAUCCAUCAAGUCAAUGAGACUAUAUCAUUCUUUCUGAUGAUGAUUACCACACAGAGUGAGAUUGAGAGGUUUCCUCUAGUCAUAAUGAUAUAACAAGCUUUAAAUAUAUAUACUAUCUAUACUGUAGGUUCAUUUUGUUGACAUCACCUUAAAUCAAAUACGUAUAAGCUUGUCCAGACAGUAUUUAACAUAAAAAUAGGAAAUUCACAAAGUGAAUAUAUAUAUGGUAUUGUCAGCCAGCUUUCAAAUAAUCUAAAUACAUAUAUUGUGUGGUUAUAGGUAUGGUCAGUGAAACUUCUGACAGCAUUUUGGGAUCACAUUUGCAGUCAGUUGAUUAUGGUGUCCAAAUAUUUUUUUCAAUUUAAUGAAGACUUACAUUUUAAUUUAAUUGGUACUGUUAAGCUUUAAUGUAGAUUGUAGUAUACAGAUGAAACACUUUAUUUUGUUUAUAAUCGGAUAUUGGUUAAGUUUUAUUCUGUCAUUUUCGGCAAUAAAAUUAUUUAUUAUGUAUACUUUUAAAGGACUACUGACGUUAAAUACUCAUGUUUAUUUUAGACAGAUGCAUUUAUUUUAUUGUAUUAUAUAUUGUUAUAUACAGUAAUAAAAGGAUUACUAGUUGCUUUUGUAGUGUACAUUUAGUAUGUAUAUGCUAGGAUGAAUGAAUUGAAGGUAAUGUGUGUCUGUUAUUACUGAUGAAAUAUAAUAUAAACAUACCUAUUGGUCUUAAAAAAAAUUCAUAUACAUACUUUGAUAAAAGUUGUGUAUCAGUUUUGUACCAGUCAUUUGUGAUUUGACCAAAACAAACAUUCUCAUUUUCAUCAAACUUCAGUUACUGCAGUGUUAUUUUAGUAACUGUUAUUCAAGUGUAAUGCUGAACAACAGGUACUAAUCUGUUCUAGUCUUUUAACUUUCCUUUUAAAGGCAUUUCUUGCUGGUAUUAAAUUUUUUAGAUAAAUUAUUUUUUCUAUUUUUCUUCCUUAGCAUAAAGGAAACCUUUUAUUGCAGUCCCACAAAUUAAAUUUAUUUAAUUUUC